UUUCCAGUGGGUUGGUCUGCAUUCUGUUUUGUUUCGUUUUCUGGUGUGCUGUUUCAUCAUUGUGCUGCGUGCGUUGGUGCUUGAAGCAAGCAAGAAAGUUGUCAUCCAUUCUGCUAUCCACUCCGCUCCACUCACUCCCAUCUAUCCGUCAUACCCACCAAGAGGGUAUGCACGAUGAUCCUGCCUCGUGAUGGAUAUCCUCGUCAAGACUCAUCAUCGUCCGUGGAGUCUCCCUCGUCCGGUCGGGAUCAGAUAAUUAUUGGCGUGGUGUUUGGAGGAGUAGCAGUGAUCAUGAUCAUAAGCGCCAUCCUCCUCAUCCGAUGCAAGAAGCGAAGCAAUGAACGCCGUCAUCGCCGUCAGCAGCAACGCCUGCUCGCCCAUCAUUUGUCUCAAUCCACCACUGGGUACUAUCAGUAUCAUCCUGACUUGGAAGGAAGCAAGCCUCAGACUCCCGAGUACCCACUUGAGAUCACCUCCACAACACAGCAGGAACCUUCAUCAUGUCUUGAACAACAGCAACAUCAUCCUCAGCAGAGGGUCAUUGAGGAUCCCCCGCCGGCGUAUCAGCCCCUCCCUGUGUAUGACCCCUCUCGGUACCACGGGGUUGAUGGCAUGGUCGGCAUCGCGGUGCCAUAUCCUGGGGUCACAGCUAGUAUGUAUCGGAUUUCAGGAUUGGGAAUAGAGCCUCAAAGAAGAGUGCCAGAUCGAGACUCGAAUGCCUUUAGCUUUGCGGUCGAGGAGAGGCUGGAUGUGCCGGUCAACAGGCCAGGUGGUGAGGCGGAGGAAGGCCAGUCGGUUCAACGACCUAGACCGGUGCUGUCACGCUUGGUGACGAAUUUUGGUGACCACUACACUGGCCCUCGCGCGCCGUCUCCAUCACGGCGCGUAGAUAAGCUCGACGGGUGGUUCGGGCCCAACCGCGACGAUCAACCGGUGAUUGUCGCUGCUGCUUCCCCUCUUCUCCUCCUCCAGACCCUGGUUCCCAUCGAAGCUUCUGCGCCAAUCAAUUUUCCGACCUCCAACCCCCCGGUUAGCAAUGCUACGUCGGAGUUUGGUGCGUGGCAUUCCUCAUCACGCUCCCUCCCUCACAUCGACAGGGAUCUCGCCCAUUUUGUAGCCGCUGAGAGGUCCAUUCAUCUCCCAGAACAAGGAUUGCCUUGUCCGCUGGAUGGACCACGCCAAGGGAGGACUAUCAACUACUGCUGUGGUUGGAUGUCGCCAACUUCCCGGAGUCUGUUAGCAGCCCCCUCCGGUAGGCUGGCUGCAGGUUGCCUGCAAGUUGACUGCGCCGCUCAGCUAUUCUCCCGACUGCUCUCCCCUCUUUUACCAUCUCCAGGCACGCGGACCGGUUCUGCUCCCUGCUCCAGAGGCUCUCCCAUGACCAGUCACUGCGUCGGAAUCGUCAUCCCGCUCACAAAACAAAGGGCGAUCCCCCUCCGGUUGACUGAGACUUCUCCCACUGGCCGCGUACGCCCGACGGGCCUCCCCACCCAGGGCGACAAAAUGUCCGCUGUGAUGGAGGGUGAACCAUUCUGUCGGGUUCAGGUAGUGUCUGCUCGCCUUUCACCGUCCGUCCCGUUCGCUGGGCUUCGAUGUUCAUCCCUCUUCGCACUGAGGAUCGUUCCCUGA